CUUUCAGGUUGUCGAUAAAUAGGUACCUGGGGCAACCUGAGGAAGGUUAACUGAGGCAAUCCCGGAUUUCACACUGGCCCGUGUCCCGGUGAAAUUGAUUGCUACCUAUCACAGGCUGAAGGAGCCAUCGGAUCGGAGAUGAGAACAGCGGCCACGCGCAGCUGGAACGUAUGCACCCACCUUUACCUUACCUUUAUGAUGUUCACUGACUCUUCAUUAUCCUCGUUACAUCAUUUAUGCAUGAAUCUGCACCUUUUCCUCAUUGCUUUCGACUUCAUUGAAAAUUCUUUCACAUAAAAUUACUCUUAAAAUUUCACAGCUUACGGCUGUUCACCACAGCUUGUAAAGUGUGUCCAGCAGCUCUGCCGCCGCUGACCCCCAACUCCCCCUCUCCCUCGUCGGCUCCCUUGUGUCCCGUGACCGCGGCGUCCAGGGCUCCUCGACUUUUCCCAGCGUGAGCCGCGAGGCUCCGCGCCGCUAUAUAAGCCGCGGCGGGGCUCGCCAACACCACCACUCCCGCUCCAACGCACACCAACACAACGAUGGCCGCAAAGCUCUCCCUCCUCCUCCUGGGCCUCGCCGCCACCCUCGCGAGCACCGAUGCCACCUCCUACGGGACAACCCAGCAAAACGCCGCCCCCGCCAACUAUGACUUCAACUGGGCCGUCAACGACGCGCCCUCCGGCAACAACUACGGCCAGCAGGAGUCCCGCCAGGGCGACAACACGAAGGGAUCCUACUACGUGCAGCUGCCCGACGGCCGCCUCCAGCGCGUCGACUACACCGUCAGCGGCGACUCCGGCUUCGUGGCGCAGGUCACCUACGAAGGCGAGGCCCAGUUCCCCCAACAGAGAUACGGCGCCCCCACCACCAGACCCACGCAGGGCUACGGCCGCUAGGCCUAAUACAUCCUGGUGUCCCUGCACCGUACCGCUCUGCACCGCACCGCACCGCCCCUCCCCGCCCCUCCUCAGCUGACAAUCCCUGCAACGCCCCUGGACCACACCGUGCCACGUCAUCUUGUAUUUAUUCCCUCGCCUCAUGCAUCACUCACAAUAAAGUCACGUCAAGCAUCCUCGGCCUCCAUCUCUGCCCCCACCACUUCGUCCUAAACCACCAACACGUUAGCUGGGGAUGGGUUUACAGGAGUUGUCUUAUAGAGGACGACCAGCCUCCUGCAGAUUCCUUGUGUUAUGUUUGUCACAUACUUGUCCUGCCUCCACCACAACACGUCAUACAC